ACUCUUUCUUAAAUUUACCAAGUCUUCCAAGAUUUGAUUUUUACCCAUUGAUUUUAUCUCCUUAUUAAAACAAAGUAAAAAGAUUGAUCAUUUUUCUAUUUUUAGAAUAUAAUUUGGUGAAAUUUGAGGUCAGAAUAGUUUGUUCUGAUUCUGUCAGUAUUGUAAUGGUACAAGAAUUUGCUUACGUGAAUCAUUGAAUAAAGAGAAGGUUAAAUUUGGUGUGGUAAAUUUAGGGUUGAAUGGUAUUAAGUCAGUGAUCACAGUUUCAGUUAACUCAAUUUCUCCAUGAUCUUGGAGUUGAACAUUUUUAUCUGUAUCAUCAAUACAGAUUUCUGCAGUCCAGAAACGGCGGAUUUAUCUUCACCGCGAGGCCUAUAUAUUGAAGAGAGAGCCCACCAGUUCAAUAAGCAUCGAUCAUUUUUAAGAUCUCUGACAAGGUGAAGGUUAUAUACUAUCCUUCAGGCAUAAAAUUAGGGGUACUUGUGCUCCAGGGCGCAAUCUGAAAAAAGAAACAUGAAGGAACAUCCUUCUAGACAGGCUACAAAAGGUGAUAAUAACAUUGAGAGUUCAGGAAGCCCUCGUAGCCGGAAGGUAUCAGCAAGAUGGAAUCCUGAUGGAGCAUGUAGGCCCAACUUACAGGAAGCUCCUGUGUACUAUCCAAAUGAUGAGGAGUUCAAAGAUCCACUUGGUUAUAUUUCAAGCAUUCGGCACAAUGCACAGCGAUAUGGCAUAUGCAGGAUCGUACCACCUGCAUCUUGGAGUCCACCCUGCCCACUUAGAGAGAAGAAUGUGUGGGAAUAUGCUAAGUUCUCGACUCGAAUCCAGCAAGUUGAUUUACUUCAGAAUAGGGAGCCCAUGAAAAAGAAAAAAACCAGGAAGAGAAAAAGAAAGACGGGAUCAACAAGGAGACAACCCAGCAGAUCUCUAGGUUCUGAAUCAAAUACUCAUUCAGACAGCAGCGAUGACAAGUUUGGGUUUCAGUCAGGGUCUGACUUCACAUUUGAGGAAUUUCAGACAUUUGCCAGAGAGUUUAAAGAGUUAUAUUUUGGGAUGAAGAAGGAUACUGAAGAGGAAUCUAAACAGGACGAGGUUUGGAAACCCUCCAUUGAAGAAAUUGAAGGUGAGUAUUGGCGCAUCAUUGAGAAGCCAACGGAUGAAGUUGAGGUGUAUUAUGGAGCUGAUCUGGAAACUGGAGUAUUUGGCAGUGGAUUCCCGAAAGCUAGUCCUUUAGAUCAAUAUGCGACUUCUGGUUGGAACUUAAACAACUUACCACGCCUCCCAUGUUCUGUAUUGUGCUUUGAGGAGUGCAAUAUCUCUGGAGUUCUGGUCCCGUGGCUGUAUAUUGGAAUGUGCUUCUCAUCAUUUUGUUGGCAUGUUGAGGACCACCAUCUUUAUUCUCUGAAUUACAUGCAUUGGGGUGAGCCGAAGAUCUGGUAUGGAGUGCCAGGAAGUCAUGCUUCAGCCCUCGAGGCUGCAAUGAGAAAGCAUUUGCCAGAUCUCUUUGAGGAACAACCUGAUUUGCUUCACCAACUAGUGACGCAAUUGUCUCCUUCAGUUUUGAAGUCAGAGGGUGUACCGGUGUACCGCGCAGUUCAGAACCCUGGGGAGUUUGUGCUCACAUUCCCAAGAGCCUAUCAUUCUGGAUUUAACUGUGGGUUCAACUGCGCAGAGGCUGUUAAUCUAGCCCCUGUAGAUUGGUUAGAGCAUGGACUAACUGCAGUGGAGCUCUACAGUGAGCAACGCCGUAAAACUUCGCUUUCCCAUGAUAAGUUGCUUAUAGGUGCAGCUAUUGAAGCUAUCCAGGCACUGUGGGAGCUCUCUGCUGUUAAGUAUCUUAACAGUAGAAACUUGAGAUGGAAAAGUUUCUGCGGGAAGGAUGGGAUGCUCACUAAAGCCAUUAAGAGAAGAAUUGAGGUGGAGGAGGAAAGACUGGAGCGUCUUUUACCUCUUGUAAGACUUCAAACUAUGGAUAAAGAUUUCGGCCUGAAAGAUGAGCAGGAAUGCUUUUCCUGCUAUUAUGACUUACACCUCUCUGCAGUUUGUUGCAAGUGUUCCCCAGAACAGUUUUCAUGCCUUAAACAUGCAAAUCUUAUGUGUUCCUGUGAACCAGAGAACAAGACUGUUGUUGUCCGUUAUAACUUGGAUCAAUUGAACACAUUGGUACAAGCAUUGGAGGGGAGAUUGGAUGCAAUUAAGCUAUGGUCUUCCAAGGAUUCUGGUUUUCGUUCUUUAAAUUGGAGGCAGCAUAACUUGGUGAAGCUGGAUUCAGAGAGAGAUGGAUCAGAAAUGGAUCCCUCAAUAAAAAAUGAAGGCUUAUCAGGUUCGUUGAGAGAGGGAAAUCAUAAUGCAAAGAAGCAGUGCAGCUCGUUGCAUAGUGAGCAUGGAGAAAAAGAUGGGACCUCCACAUCCCUUGCUAUACUAGAGACAAAUCAUGGUAUAAAGUUACCAACAGAAAAAAAUCUCCAUUCAUGCUCUGAUGAUGCGACCACCUCUUAUGCUUCGAAUCACAGUAGUGGCAGUAAGUUAUUCGGUGUUGAUCUUUCCAUGUGUUCUCUUAGUGUUCGACAAAAUGGAACACUUAACUCUGAAAAGGAUUCCCGGAGCAGCAGAAUUUCUGAACAAAAGCUUGGCUACCAUGUCGACCCUCUAAAUUUGGGGUCAAUUGCCUCGGGAAAGCUUUGGUGCAAUAAGCAGGCCAUAUUCCCCAGAGGAUUUAGGAGCCGUGUUAAGUUCUUUGAUGUGCUCAAUCCCGUCAUAUUUAGUAGCUGUAUAUGUGAGAUUCUAGACGGUGGGCUCCUUGGACCUCUGUUCAAGGUUAGCUUGGAAAAGUGUCCAGACACGAGUUUUGUGUGUUCAUCAGCGCAGGAAUGCUGGGAAAUGGUCUCGCAAAGAGUCUAUAAAGAUCUGGCACCAUUGCAACCUGACGUGGAAAGUAUCAAUGGGCUCGAGAUGUUUGGGUUACUCUCCCUAGAGAUAGCUCAGUCCAUUGAAGCCCUUGAUACAAACCGUCAAUGCUUGGAGUACUGGAACAACAAGCUAAAACUCAAGGACGGGUGUGCAAGUGCCAAUAGGCCUGCAGGUUCUUGGAAGACCGUUGACGUUUUGGAGCAGCUACAGUCUCUCAUGACAAGAUCUGCUGCUGUGGUGGAAAAAGGGCAGUGUUCGGGAAUCAUGUUGGCUGCGGAGGAGCAGCAGGCCAAUUCUAAGCUACAAUUAGUACUUAGAAGGCUCUUGAGUAAAGCAGAUCCUGAAGAACUGAGAAUAUUGCACAAGAUCUUGAGCAGUGGAUCGACAAGCCCAGAGUGGAGAGUAGCAUUUGCAACCUUGAGUCAAGUGAUCCAGAGGAAACUGUAAAUUUUGGGAUCUCUCAUUCUUUUAGUUUAGUUGGGGUUUACACCGCAGCCUAAUUCUUUAGAAUAUUAGCAUAAGGAGGGGAGAGAUCUCCAGUUGAGUCGCCCAAUGGAUAUGUUAGUUGCGCAAUGGAUAGUCUUAAUUUCCUUAAAUAAGUUCUUAUUUUGUUAGAAAUGUCUCCUUUCUUUUUCUGCUAUAGUUUCAUAUAAAGAAGGUCUAAUGUUAUUGCCA